UGACUAUGAAUCCAAACACAGCCAGCAAGCCAUUGGUGCGGACAGUCCCGUAAGGACUCGACGGCAUUCAUGGAGGCAACAGAUAUUUCUGCGAGUGGCAACCCCUCAGAAAGCAUGUGAUUCUCCCAGCCGAUAUGAUGAUUACUCCGAACUGGGAGAACUUCCACCAAGAUCCCCAUUGGAACCAGUGUGUGAAGAUGGCCCCUUUGGGCCAGUGAAAGAAGAACGGAAACGGACACCCCGUGAGCUUCGUGAGUUGUGGAAGAAAGCCAUUAUUCAGCAGAUACUGCUCCUCAGAAUGGAGAAAGAAAACCAGAAGUUACAAGCUUCAGAAAACAAUCUGCAGAACAGACGUCUGAAACUUGACUAUGAAGAAAUCACACCAUGCUUAAAAGAUGUAACUUUGAUUUGGGAAAAAAUGUUGAGUACACCUGGAAGGUCAAAGAUUAAAUUUGAUGUGGAAAAAAUACACUCUGCUGUUGGGCAAGGAGUGCCACGUCACCACCGUGGGGAGAUCUGGAAGUUUCUAGCAGAGCAAUACCAUCUUAAACAUCAGUUUCCGAGUAAACCACAACCAAAGGACACACCUUAUAAAGAACUCCUAAAACAACUAACUUCCCAGCAACAUGCAAUACUUAUUGACCUAGGGCGCACAUUUCCAACACAUCCGUACUUCUCAGCACAGCUUGGAGCUGGGCAGCUGUCCCUCUACAAUAUUUUGAAGGCCUAUUCCCUUCUGGACCAGGAAGUAGGAUAUUGCCAAGGCCUCAGUUUUGUAGCAGGAGUUCUACUGCUUCAUAUGAAUGAAGAAGAGGCUUUUGAAAUGCUAAAGUUUCUCAUGUUUGACAUAGGCCUGAGGAAACAGUAUCGUCCUGACAUGACGAUUUUACAGAUCCAGAUGUAUCAACUGUCUCGACUUCUUCAUGACUACCAUCGAGAUCUCUAUAACCACCUAGAGGAACAUGAGAUUGGUCCCAGCCUCUAUGCUGCUCCUUGGUUUCUCACCAUGUUUGCCUCUCAGUUUCCCCUUGGAUUUGUAGCCAGAGUGUUUGAUAUGCUAUUUCUUCAAGGAUCAGAGGCUGUAUUUAAAGUGGCUUUAAGCCUUUUGGGAAGCCACAAGCCCUUGAUUCUGCAGCAUGAGAACCUAGAAACUAUUGUUGAUUUUAUUAAAAGCACUCUCCCCAACUUGGGUUUGGUACAGAUGGAAAAGACCAUUAGUCAGGUGUUUGAAAUGGAUAUUGCCAAGCAGUUGCAAGCUUAUGAAGUUGAAUACCAUGUGCUUCAGGAUGAGCUUAUAGAUUCAUCUUUAAAUGACAAUCAGAGACUGGAUAAAUUAGAAAAGGCAAACAGUAGCCUGCGCAAACAAAACUUUGAUCUCCUGGAAGAAUUGCAGGUGGCUAAUGGAAAGAUCCAAAACCUUGAAGCCACGGUAGAGCUUUUAUUGACCAAUGAAGGCAAAUUGAAGCAAUCCAUUCUCACUCUUGAGCAGGAGCGAGCAGCUUUGCUGAAAGCAGUGGAAGAAAUGAGGAAAAAGAUUGGUGAUACAGAUGGGAACCCUCUGCUUUCUAGACAAGAACACAUGGAUGCUGACUGACAUUCACAGUUGUAAUGGAGCAGAGAAACUGAGCAAGAAACAAAGGGAAGAACUGGGUCUUUUUGUCAUGAUCCAUGGGGAUUUGACAUUGUCAUCUUUGUUGUACAUGCCUGUACAUUGAUACAGGCAUGGUGGCUUCCCAUAUUAAAGAAGCUGGUUUCUUGGGGAGAAGGCUCACUCUUCUUAGUAUGUAGAAAUACUAUGAACAGUAAGAUGCCACGUCAUAGUAAGCAGGAGAAACUUAAUAGUGCGUGCAGUCACACACAAUACACUGUAAAGAUGUAAUGGAUUUUUCCAUAAGUGCUUCUAAACCUAAGUGCUUUGUAUUCAUCACGUUUUGUUUGUGUGUAGAUCACCACCAUGUUAAACAGCACAUCCUUUAGAAAGUCCUUUGAAGAAAUAUGGCAGUGUAAAACCUUUGAAUGGAUGACUGCCCCGUUGCAGCUAUGCAGUGGUAACACUUACAGAGAGUUUUGUGAUUGAACUUGAGAUGUUUUUGACAGUGUAAUUCCCGUACAGCUUGACUGGGUUCUGUUAAUUAUGUUGUUUACGCUUCAGAAAACUGCUUCGUGAUGCUUGAAGGUGUCAAUGCAUUGGACUCCAGAGAGCUGGACUUCAUCAUAUGUAACUAUGCAUAAUUGGGGGCUUGCCAUCUGUUUUUACAAGUAUGUUGUUUUAGUACAUUUUUUGUUUAACAACCAUUAAUUUAGUGUAUUGUUAGUUGUCAUUAUCUGAUAAACAUACUGUAUAUAGUCACUGCACUAUGCUUAACAAAGUACACUGACAUUGGUUUGGUGAAGCCUGUGGCUCUCGCGACAUCAUCUAAAGAUUUAUAUUCAGACUCUUCAAGUUUCACCUUAUUUAUUUCUGAUCUGUUGUGUGGUGUAGGACAUCCUUUUGCUGGGAAACUAAUGCCCACUGUCAUUUUUUUCCCUUUAUUUGGUACUCUGUGCCCACCCAUCCUCUGGGAAAUGUUACUCUUUAAGACUUUUCCUGAAGUAAUGGAGGCGUUUCAAGAGCUUCAUGUUGUGCCAGAUAUGCUUAAACUGUUUUAUAAAGGGUAUGGCACUUUGAAUUAGAAUACCAUUCUUUUUACAAUGCAUCUUUUGAGUAAGAUUACACAUGUAAAAAAAAAAAAAAAAUUUCUCAAUAUCCUUAAUACAAUGAAAGUAGUUUUCAGGCCAGUUAAAGCACCACUGCUGCAAGUGCAAUAAUAUCCAUGGAUAUCCAAUUGUUUGGGUAUGCUUCUGAAUUAGGAAUAGCGCCAUAAUUUUGUUUAGUCCCCAAGCACAGAGUUAAUAAGCAUUGGUGUUUUGUUAUGGUGGAGAUUCACCCAGGAGAUGUGAAUUUUUUUUUUUCUUAAAUUGCUGGUUUUAUUUUUGAAGUUUCAAAGCACGCAGUUUUUUUUCUCUGACUGGCAAUGUAGAAAAGGUUUUGUUUUGCUUUUUCCUUUUUUCAUGCAAAUCCUCCUGACACAUUGUAGUUGUAGUUUAAUAGGAGAGCUGUGACGUUUAACUACUGUGCAAAACAAAUACCUCUAUGUAUGUCAAAAAGAAAAAGAGAAUUUACUUUUUAAUUUCUAGAAGCUUUGUUUGACUCUGUCAUGUCUUAAAUAUGUCUGGUUCUUGCAAAUCCACUCUGUAUUUGCUUAGUACUGAAAUUCCAGAGAGAUCAGUAGUUAUUAUUUACCUCUUAGGCUUAUUUUUUAAUUCGGGCAUCCAUAUUGAAGCUCAUGCUUCGUGUUUCAAAUCUUGUCAUAAUAGACCUCAUACUGUUAGAACACUCAGUAUUGUUGCAUUUUUACCACAUACUGCCGUAAUUCAUACACUGACUUUUUAACAAGAGCAAUAAAAAUAAUAAUAAUCAAUGCCUA